AGUUAAGAAAAAAAAAAGAAAAAAAAAGAAAAACAGAGUACAACUCAUCACCACCGCCCAGAAUACAUCAAGUUGUCUGUCUACUAGAAAAAAAAUUCAGUUCGUCGACAAUUGCACAACAACAUCGGCGCUUGAAGUCACGCGCCUUCAGCCUCUCUCACCGUCUACAGCCUACCGGAUUUUCCCAUCUUCCAUACCUAGCUGAGAUAUCUCCUUCUCUUUAUUAUGAUUGCUACUCCGAUUUGGUGAAAAUUGAGUGCAGAGGUGAAGGUUGAUUGCGGUGCUCAAGAGAUCGAUUAUCUGGUAAUUAGGGUUUUAAUGAACAAGACAUUGUUCGAAAACUCAAUUUUUCUAGGGUUGAGCUUUGUCUAAAAUCCGUUCAGAGAUUAUCUGAGUCAAUAAGCGCGCGCGAGUUCACAAACUGGAUCGGCGAAUCAGAUUUUACUCAGUUGAAUUAAUCGUACCAAAUCUUCUUCACCAUUGAUGCUCAGAUUUGAAGAACUAGCCCGAUCCGGUUGUAUUUCCACAUAACUCACUACUUGAUCGAGCUUAUUUUGACAGGGAUUUAGGUUGAAAAUAAAGAAUGCAGCGUGCGCCGGCUACAAUGGAGGAACAGUUGAUACUGAAAGCAAUUGGGGAAGAAUGCCCGUGGGAAAACCUUCCCAAGCGCCUUCAGUCCACUUUAAACUCAAAGGAAGAAUGGCAUCGAAGGGUAAUAGAACACUGCAUCAAGAAAAGACUACUCUGGAACACUUGUUUUGCUCGCAAAGUUUGUAAAGAAGGUGAAUACUAUGAAGAAAUGAUGCGUUAUCUACGAAGGAAUCUAGCGCUGUUCCCUUACCAUCUUGCGGAGUAUGUUUGCCGAGUUAUGAGGGUUUCGUCUUUCAAAUAUUACUGUGAUAUGCUAUUUGAAGUGAUGAAAAAUGAACAACCCUACGACAGCAUCCCUAAUUUUAGUGCAGCAGAUGCCUUACGGCUGACAGGGAUAGGAAGAAAUGAAUUUAUUGACAUCAUGAACAAAUGCAGAUCUAAGAAAAUUAUGUGGAAGCUGAACAAAUCAAUAGCUAAAGAGCUCUUGCCGGUAGAACCUGUAGAGUUUGUAAUUGAGCCGUGGUGGGGAGUUUGUCUAGUAAAUUUUACUUUGGAAGAAUUCAAGAAACUUUCAGAAGACGAAAUGUCAAUGAUUGAUAAAAUCUGUAAGGAGGAAGCAAAUUCAUUCAUCCUUUUUGAUCCCGAAAUUAUCAAGGGUCUACAUCGCAGGGGGCUUGUUUACUUCGAUGUUCCCGUAUAUCCUGAUGACCGUUUUAAAGUUUCUAGGCUUGAAGGAUUUGUUUCAAACAGGGAGCAGUUAUACGAAGAUCCUAUUGAGGAGUUGCUUUAUGCUGUGUUUGUGGUGUCAAGUGAGAAUUCAACUGUCGCGGAAUUAGCUACAACCUUACAAGCUGAUAUAUCCCAGCUACAGGCUGCUGCAUCCUUUGCUUGUCGACUGGGAUGGGCAGUAAAGCUUAUAGAUCCUGCAUCUAUUCUUCAAGAAUCGAAUGCUCCUGGCUCUCCUAAAAGUCUACUCAGCGACGAAGAAGAUGGUUCUCAUUCUACUAUGGGAUCUAUAGAUGGCAUUGCUCUCCAACCAGGAGAUGCAUUGUGGACAGAAAAUUCUAGUCCAGCUGCCGAUUAUUCUCGUGUAGCUUUUGUUGUCGAUGCUAAUAUAACAUCUUAUCUUAUGAUGGGAUCUGUUUCACCAGGUCUAAAAUCUCAUGCGGUCACACUAUAUGAAGCUGGAAAACUAGGUGAUGCAAGCAUUGCAGAUCUGUGCAAAGAUCUUAUGACACUAGAGGGGACCAAAUUUGAAGGAGAGUUGCAGGAAUUUGCUAAUCAUGCUUUCAGCUUGAGGUGUAUCCUAGAAUGCCUCACUUCAGGUGGGGUUGUUGCUGACGAUAGAGAAAACAUUGGGUCAAUAUCAACGAGCAACGAGGAUGUCCCUACUAAAGAGGCUGAUUAUUGUUAUGGUGACAAUUCUGGUGUGGAUAAAUCCGAGUCAAAUACGGAUGAUUAUGAGCAAGUAAUAGUGCAAGAGGCUAAUAAUCCAUAUUCCAAGGAUUCUAACUUAGAUCCUGCUUCUGUUGAUGAAAAACCAGUUUCUCUUGAAGGAAAAAAGAUGAAGAAACCGAGGAAAUAUCGAGUAGAUAUACUUCGCUGUGAAAGCUUGGCAGCUCUGGCGCCAGCUACCUUGGAUCGCUUAUUUCACCGUGACUAUGAUAUUAUAAUGUCGAUGAUCCCACUUCCUCAUUCUUCUGUUCUGCCUGGAUCCAAGGGACCGAUUCAUUUCGGUCCUCCAUCCCAUUCAUCUAUGACUCCAUGGAUGAAGUUGGUGCUGUAUUCUGCUCUCUCAAGUGGCCCUCUCUCUGUCGUUUUGAUGAAAGGUCAAUGUUUAAGAUUGCUUCCCGCACCAUUAGCCGGUUGUGAAAAAGCCCUUAUAUGGUCAUGGGAUGGAUGUACAAUUGGGGGCUUGGGGGGAAAGUUUGAAGGGAAUUUAGUUAAAGGAAGCAUACUGUUACAUUGUUUGAAUUCUCUUCUUAAAUACUCUGCUGUGCUCGUUCAACCUCUUAGCAGAAACGAUCUUGAUGAUGGUGGAAAGGUCGUAACUCUCGACGUUCCACUGCCCUUGAAAAACAGUGAUGGCUCAAUGGCUUAUAUUGGAGAGGAACUUGGACUAUGUGGGGAGGAGAGUUCAAAGUUAAACACCCUGUUAUAUGAUAUUUCAAACAAAAUUAAUUUGUGGACGAUAGGUUAUGUCCGUCUUUUACGUCUGUAUAAAGAGAGGGAAUCGGACAACUUUUCAGUUGAUAAUAGUGACAAGUACGAAUGGGUUAUACUGAGUGCAGAAUUCGGUAUUCCACUUUUUAGCCCCAAAUUAUGCAGCAGUAUAUGCAAAAGAGUGGUCUCUUCGAAAUUACUUCAGACAGACUUAUCGAACGAGCAUCACGAAGCAAUGCAAGAUUUGAGAAGCAGGUUACGUGAAGUUUGCUUGGAGUACCAGUCAACAGGUUCAACUGCAAGACUUCUUUACCAGAAAGAGCAACCAGAAAAGAAUUCAUCUCGACCACUAAUGACGUAUGCAAGCGGAAGAUGGAACCCGCUCGCCGAUCCUUCUUCUCCUAUAUCGGGAGCCUUGAGUGACAACCAAAGAUUAAAACUUGCUAACAGGCAGCGUUGUAAGACUGAAGUUCUCAGCUUCGACGGUAAUAUACUAAGAUCAUACUCUCUAUCUCCAAUUUAUGAAGUGGGCAAUAGGGCAAUUGAAGAAAACGGAAAAGGUGAAACAGAGGAUGUUGACAGCAAAGAAGUAAUUCUUCCAGGAGUAAAUCUUCUCUUUGACGGGUCGGAGUUGCGUCCUUUUGAAAUAGGGGCUUGUCUUCAAGCUCGUCAACCUGUCUCCUUAAUAGCUGAGGCCUCCGCAGCUUCUGCAGCUUUCGCACUCAAACAAAAAGUUGUAAAUUAAAUGAAGCAUACUUUUUGCGCUGAUUCUCUCAGGAGAUAUGGUAUUUGUUGAGAAUGGAAUGGCUUUGGUGCUUCCUGUCAACAAUCACCACAUUUCGAUCCUUGGUUCUAAUAGUUGUUAAGCAGAUCAGGUAUGGAACGAGUUCCAUUAGCAUUUCAUUAUUUCGUUGAAAUACACUUUACACCCUUCCAUUAUACUCUACGCAUCAAAUACCCUUAGGCCUCGUUUGGUUGGGGAGAUUAGCCAUGAUUAACUAAAUUGUUGGAUUUUGUUUGAUGUUUGGUAUCCCUAAUAGUCGACCUGCAAAUAUUAUGUUAUCAUGGAAUAUUAUGUUAUCAUGGCUUAUCUUGCCUCUUAAGCAUUACUUUUGUUGGACCUUCCAAGGUCCAAUAAAACAAUUGGGUUUCAUUAGAUUAUUUAGUCUUAUCAU